UUUAUUAGCUUUGCCUGCUGUGCCUCCUCUCUCUUCUACUCUCCUGUCGGCGCUAAGCUAGCUCGACCCAGGCUGAAUAUCUUUCAGUAAUGACUUCUACCAUCUCUCUCCCUCAGUGACAUCCAUCCACACAUCUGUACGGGACAGCAGAGAGCCAUGGGGCUGCCACAGAGCUCCUUUCUGUCGGACGGGGGGACUAGUUGUGGAUAUCAUGUUCACGGGAUCCAGGAGGACUCUCCUGCAUUCAAAUCUGGUCUGGAGCCCUUCUUUGACUUCAUCCUCUCCAUAGGAAACACCCGCCUCAGUAAAGAAAGUGACCUGCUCAAAGACCUGCUCAAAGCCAAUGUGGAGAAAGCGGUCAAACUGGAAGUGUACAACUCCAAAACCCAGCGGGUGAGGGAACUGGAGGUGACACCCAGUAACAUGUGGGGCGGUCAGGGUCUGCUGGGCGCGAGCGUCCGCUUCUGCAGCUUCGAAGGAGCCAAUGAGAACGUUUGGCAUGUCUUGGAUGUGGAGUCCAGUUCUCCUGCAGCUUUGGCCGGCCUCAUGCCUCACAGUGACUUCAUUGUGGGAGCUGACCAGGUGCUGCAAGACUCAGAAGAUUUCUUUUCUCUGAUUGAAGCCAAUGAGGGGAAACCUCUGAAGCUGCUGGUGUAUAACACACACACGGAGCACUGCAGGGAGGUGGUGGUGACUCCAAACGGAGCGUGGGGAGGAGAGGGAAGCUUAGGCUGCGGCAUCGGCUACGGCUACUUGCACAGAAUCCCGACUCGUGCGGCUCAUACCAGCGACCAGAACAACCAGACUGAAUCAGCUGUGAUUUACAGCGAGGACGAGCUGGCUCCACCUGAACACACUGAGGUGCCUUCAGCAGCAGAGCUCGACCCCUCCAGGGUCAGCACUUUAGAUUUAAAUCAGAUCAGAGACGCUGUGCAGGACGUGUGUGAGACCUCGCCCACACAGCCCGCUGUACACUCAGAUAUUUCCAACAUGCCCGAAGAAAAGACUCCAGAUUUGUCUGCCCUGGUUUCAAACGACGACACUGACCAGACCUCCAUGCUCGAUAAUUCUGGAGACAACUCUUGUGAUCAGAGUAGUCUGGCCGCCUCCUCUGUUGGCCAGCGACCUUCGUCUCCAGAGAGAGAAGAAGAAGAAGAAGAAUCAGAGACCCGGGAGGCGGAGCACCCGGCCGUCACCGACCCCGUCACAGAAACGGACGACGACCUUGUGAUCCUUGAGGUCGCCGCAGAAAACCCGAGUGACACGAGAGGAGCCCUAGAGGUGCAGGAUGGUACAGAUGUGGGACCCAUGAGCUCGGGGAGUAAACUGGAGGAAGAGGCUGCAGCGUCAGACAGUUAAGAACCCGAGUGUCAGAGUUUUAGUGACCUGUUGAAGUCGUAGCUGCUACCUGUUGGCUUUGCGAUAGAGAUGAAGAAAAGCUUCCAUAACGAUUGUAAGUUUCAUCACUGGAACUAUUUUUAGUUUAAUUUAUAAACGGCAUACUGCAUGCUUUAAUUGCACAUUUUUAAGAUGAUAGUCUGUUGACCUGAGAGUAGAUCCCGAUUGUCAACACUUUUUAAUUUAUGCUGCAUACUGAAUGUCCUAACACGAAGCCGGAUGAAGCCUUAGCCGAGAGUUAGCUGCUGUUUAAAAAGUCAUCCUGGUUUUUGCACUAUGAAGCCAAAAGGUCAGAAGAACAUUUUGUCCUAAUCAUCUGCUGAUAAGAUGAAACUCUGUUAGAAAAGUAAAGAAAUAGAGAGAGUUCCUGCAGACGCAUCAUGGCGGUUUAGUGUUUUUUAUACUUUGGGAUUUUGGGGGUUAAAGGUUUUUUAUUUUGGACGGGAAACAUUUGAAAUGUUUGUUAGUUUUAACCAUCUUUGCCUUACUGUAUGUUUCAUCUUAAAUUCCCUCUGACUGUAACUUCCUCUUUUACUGAUGACGGUGUUAAUGAGCAAGCUGUGAUUGAUGCUGCACUCUGAUUGGUUCAUGUUCACUCUCUAUUUGUUGAAAAGGUUUUUGUUUCAGAGUUUUAUGUCUAAACAAGAGUAUUGAAAUAUUUAUAAAAAAAAUGAAUUAUUGAAGAUCGA